AUGGGCAAGACCAAGUCUACUACCAAGGGCAGCAAGGCCGCUGACCCUAUCACCAAGGUGAAGAACGCCGGCGUCACCAAGGCCACUGAGAGCCCCAAAGCCAAGUCAAAGGCCGUCGCCAAGGAGGCUGCCGCCAAGGAGAAGUCUUCCAAGAAGACCAAGAAGGUCGUCGAGCCCGAGUCCGACUCUUCCGACAGCAGCGAAGAGGAGGAGGACUCUGACUCUUCCGAGUCUGAGGCCGAGGCUUCCAGCGACUCUUCCGACUCUGAGGAGGAGAAGCCUGUCAAGAAGGCUGCCCCUAAGGCCGCCAAGAAAGCCGAGUCUUCUGACUCUGAUGACUCUUCAGACUCUGAGGAGGAGGCCCCCAAGGCCAAGACCAACGGCGCUGCUAAGAAGGCUGAGACCUCCGACAGCGACGAUUCCGAGGAGGACUCUGACGACUCCGACUCUUCUGAGGACGAGAAGACCGAGAAGAAGGCCGCGGCUACCUCCGACUCCUCCGACUCUGACUCCGACUCUGGUUCUGACUCCGAUUCUGAUGAGGAGGAAGACUCUUCCGACUCUAAGGAAGCAUCUGAAACCGAGGCCAAGACUGAGGAGCCCUCUAAGAAGCGCAAGGCCCUUGACGACCCUGUCAUUCCCGGCAAGAAGGCUCGCACCGAUGUCUCUGACAAGAGCUCCACCCUCUUCGUCGGCUCUCUUGCCUGGGCUGUUGAUGACAACUCCCUGUACGAGGCUUUCCAAGAGUUUGCCGACCUGACUGGUGCCCGCGUCGUUACCGACAAGGCUACCGGCCGCAGCCGUGGCUUCGGCUAUGUCGACUUCGCUACUCCCGAGGCUGCUGCCGCUGCCCUCGAGGGCUCCCAGGGCCGUGAGCUGGCUGGCCGUGCUAUGAACAUCGAUUUCUCUGGCCAGAAGCCUGCUGGUGACGGCAACCACCAGGCUCGUGCCUCUGACCGCGCUCAGAGACACGGCGAUACCGUCUCCCCCGAGAGCGACACUCUCUUCGUUGGCAACCUCCCAUUCGACGUUGACCAGGAUACCGUCAACGCUUUCUUCAGCACGGCCGCCGAGGUCACCAGCGUUCGCCUGCCCACUGACCCCGAGACGGGUAACCUCAAGGGCUUCGGAUAUGUUUCCUUCAACUCCAUUGACGAUGCCAAGACUGCUUUUGCCCAGCUCAACGGCCAGUACGUUGGUGAGGGCCGCAGCGGUCGCGCUGUCCGCCUGGACUUCGCCGGCCAGAAGCCCCAGCGUGAGGGUGGUGGCUUCGGUGGUGGCCGUGGUGGUGGCCGCGGUGGUGGCCGCGGUGGUUUCGGUGGUCGUGGACGCGGCGGCGGCGGUGGCCGUGGCGGCCGUGGUGGAUUCUCUUCCACCAACCGUGGCGGCUUCGGCGACUUCAAGGGUCAGAAGGUCAAAUUCUAA